AUGAUCAUGUACUGGAAAUCCGAUGCUUGGAUUUAUGGAUUAAAUAAUAAGAAGAAAACUCAUCUAAGUGAUGCUGAAAUAAAUAUAUCUACUUCAGAACAUUUGCUGAGACAGAUGAUAAUGACAAUGAAAGUGAAGGUGAAGUUUUUCAUAAAUCGUGAAACAAUACCUGAAGAUAAUUGUAUCAUUUUGGUUGAAAACAUAGGUGAUUAUGACAAUAGUGAUAUUGAUGAAUAUGAAAAUGCCAAUAUGACCAAUGAGGAUGGAAAAGGAAUUUUAGAUUACGAUAUAGAUAGUUUAUUAGAUGUCAGUUUUGGCAUUUCAGCGGUUUUGAUAUUUUGA